GUUAAUUUAACACUCAACCGAAAUAAUAAAUAAACAUACCCUGUAAUAAUUGAUUUCUUCUAAAAAUUUAACGAAUUUCCUCAAAUCAUCAAAAAAUUAUCACUUACACACACGAACUACCAACAACGACCACAAAAUGUCCCGUGAAAACUCGCCACGCCACAGCAUACGGCGGCGUCAUAAUCAACAUCUGCAACAACAACAGCAACAGCAGCAGCAACUGCCACAUAGUUUACAGCAAAUAGCAACCACACAGCAGCAGCCGCCCAUAAUGGAGCAUGUGGAGCAACAACAACAAGUGGCGCAUGCCGUUAGCGCUGCUGGCGCGGGCGCAGCGGUCAGUGGCAGCGGUGGCGGUGCUGGCGGCGCCGCACCCAUGUCCAGCUCCACCUCGAACAUCAGCACCGCCAUCGAUGAGGGCAAUGGCAACGGUGAGCAUGCCACGUUGCCGCCACUCACCGGACCCGGCCCGAGUAGGCAGCGCUCUCUGCGCGACCGCCUCAAAGACGGCAUCACUGGCAGCUUCUCAUGGCAGUAA